AAGAAGAAGAAGAAAAGAAACAGGCGCGCAUGUUGCCUCUCUGUGCGCAUAAUGAUUCAUCAACCACCGUUUGCUCACGAGACAGUGAUUUCGGGUCCGACUAGUUCAUUUUUCGGAGCUGAGUGUUUUGUCGUGGGCCCUCGGAUGCCCCCACCCCCACCUCUCUCAUCCCGCGUCUCGACGGACCAAACGCUGCUGCAGCAGCAUCACCGGCAGCCUCCAAACUGCGUUUUCCCUGCCGUGAUGGAUCCCUCAGUAAACCGGUGAGCUGCUACCAGGAGACCGGCCGGACUGCUGGGGGAAGGACCGACAAGCGAGGACCGCGGCGAGAACGUGCCAUACAUCUAAAGGAUAAACAAAUUCUAUAUAUUUUUAGCAAUGUUCUAGGACCGUCUUGUUUACAGAUAAACAGCCGGGUGACAGUGAUAUUACGGCCGACAUGUAAGAGCUGGAUAACUAUUCCUGUGUGACCGACACCCAUCUGCAGCUGAUCACAAUAAAAUGAAAAAGGAUGGGCCCUUCAGGUCAGUAGACCCGUACUGAUUGGAGACAUGUUCUAAGGACGACAUCUCAGCCACCAUGAAAGGGUUAGGAGCCAACCGCAGUCGUCACCUGUCCGACUCGUGUGAACCAACGGGUUGCCCCCAGAAGCCUCUCUGUCCUUUGACCUCUGACCCCCACACUCCCUUUCUGUUGAGCCCUACGAUAAACCACUAUGGCACCCUGGACCCCCAUCUCCACCAGUGCACUCCCACCAGCCCCACCUCCAUGACCCCUGACUGCCUGCUGCCUUUCAGCCAGGUCUCCAACAGCAGCACCUUCCCUCGUCUGCACUUCACCUCCCAGUCUGACCAGGUUGACUGCUCCCAGGCCUGUAUGGCGGGUGGUGGUGUAGUGGGGCAGGGCAGUAGAGGGGGUCCACUAUCCACCUCUUUGUCUAUGGGUAUGGGCUUGGGUCUGGGCCUUACUGGUGCUCCUAUGAUCACCAGUGGAUCAGCCACCAUCUCCUCUGCAGCAGCAGCCAAGAUGAAUCGGUUACCCUCCAACCUUUUGGAUCAGCUAGAGAGGCACCUGCCCCUGCAGCGUGAUGGCUUCAGCACGCUGCAGUUUCAUAGAGGACGUAUGUCGAAACAACGCAGUGAGAGCCCAGGACGUAUUCGCCACCUGAUGCACUCUGUGCAGAAGCUAUUUGCCAAGUCCCAGUCCUUGGAAAACUCGGCAAUUAAAGGCAGCUUAAAUGGGCGCUCCGCUGGAGGAAUGACUGGCACCACAGGAGCUGGUGAGGAUGGUGGUAGACCAACCCGCAGGAGCAAGAGUAAAGACAGGGCUAAAACUGAGGGGCCAAAGCAGAGACCGAGGCCCAAUGCACUCGGCCUCUGGAGUUCAGACGACGCCCUGGACUCUGACACUACCAAAGCUGGCACUAUUGCUGUAGGUUACCGCAACCCAUUGACCAUGAUGACUCUUGGCAGAGCGGUGUCAGACAGCCAGGCCCCUCCCAGAUAUAUCCCACAGGGCUACAACACCAUUUCUGCACAUACUCUCAAGACCUCGAAAAGCAGCAGUGACCUCAAGUUUCUGGCAUGCCCGGCGACACAGGUAGGACCCAAGGACGAGGAGGGAAGAAUCAGAGGAAGCAAGGAUGAUUUGCUGGUGAAGAGGGGCUCCUGGUCCACUCUCACCCUCACCCAGGCCAGGCAAGUGUUGCAGAAGGGCUCUGCUACAGUUAACAGGACCCUGCUUAAAUCAAAGUCAUGCCACCAAGACCUGGCGCAACAGUUCCUUCAGGUCCCACUGGGGGACUGGGCAGGAACUCUUGGUCGCGGCCGGGCCAGAGGAACUGAGAUCCCCUGUCGAAGGAUGCGCAGUGGCAGCUAUGUGAAAGCUAUGGGAGACAUAGAAGACAGUGAGGACUCAGAGGGAAGCCCCAAACCUUCCCCCAAAGCCACUGCCCGUCGCCAGAGCUACCUGAAGGCCACCCAGCACUCCCUGAGUGAGCAGCAGCCAUCUCCACCUCAACGCAACUCCCUGCCGUCCCUGAAAGAGCUGUCGACUAAUCGGAGCCUCGAUAACUUAGACUGCCUGGUGAGUCCGUUGGAGGCGCCUCCUCACUACCGGAACAGUGAUUUCAGCCAAUGCUCGAGCACACUGGGCAGAGCCUCGGCCACUCAGCGUGUGAGUCUGCACACGUUCUUUCAGGUAUACGGGCCGGGCUGUGGGCACUCAGUACCAUACUGUGAGGGGGAAUCGCAGGCAGUGGAGGCUCUGGAUCUGCCUGCUCCUACGUGCUUCCGGUCGCGCAGCCACAGCUACCUGCGGGCCAUCCAGGCGGGCUGCUCCCAGGAUGAAGAUACAGCCUCUGUGGACUCAGAAUCACCACCGCCCACCACUACAGGCUACAGCUCCAACACCAUCAGCAAUAGGAAGGCUCCUCCUCCGGUCCCACCGCGCACCACAUCCAAGCCCCUCAUCUCAGUGACGGUGCAGAGCAGCACAGAGUCAGCCCAAGACAUCUACCUUGACCAGCAGGACCGUGGCAGUGAAGUGAACAGCCAGUCAGGACGCAGCAACUCCUCUGACAGUCUCUGUAGCAUCCGCACAGGCAGUCUGGCUAAGGGGACUCGCCCUCCACCGAUCCCUGUCCCUAUUAUAAUCCCUGUACCCGCUGCAGGCUCUGUACCUCCUGUCCCAGCCCCUCGUGACCUCCCUCCCACCACCACUACCACAGUCGCCACUACCACCACUUCCACAUCUACUCAGUCCCAAAAUGACUCCCUGAGCACUGGUUUCACCUUAGAGCAGGCCCCGACUGCAACCAAGAGGAAACUAUCCUCUAUUGGAAUUCAGGUGGAUUGCAUUCUUCCAGUCUUAAGAGAAGAACCACUACCCCUGACUGCACCCCUUAAGUUUCAGUCGAUUGGAGUUCAAGUGGAGAACGGCAGGCCUCUCAGCCGGGACAGCAGCAUGGCCUCCAGACAAAAUACAGAGACUGAGCCUCAGGAGCCCCAGGAUGCCGCACACACAGAAAACAACACAGCUAACUGCACCAACAGUCAAACAGUGAAUGCCACCGCAGCCAACAGACAGGACAAAGCCAUGGAACAGCAGCCCCUUAAACACAACUCAGCCCCGUCCAGGGUAUCCACCUCCCCUCCGGAGACCCUGGACCCAGCUUUAGACCCCUCCUCGCUGCCGCCUCCAGAUCCCAGCCUGGAGACCGGAAACUGCAGCUCCCAGGGAGACGCCGUUCAACCCAGCACACCAGCUUGCCUCCGAGACGGUAACUGGUUUUUGAAGCUGCUGCAGGCGGAAACGGGGCGCAUGGAGGGCUGGUGUCAACAGAUGGAGCAGGAGACCAAAGACAACAAGCUGUCAGAAGAGGUGUUGGGGACGAUCCGCAGUGCAGUCGGCAGCGCUCAGCUCCUCAUAACAAAGAAGUUCGAGCAGUUCAGAGGGCUCUGUAAUGAGAACUUGAACGUAAAUGCCAACCCGCGACCAACAGCGCAGGACCUCGCAGGCUUCUGGGAUCUGCUGCAGCUCUCAAUAGAAGACAUCAGCAUGAAGUUUGAUGAGCUCUACCAACUGAAAGCCAACAACUGGCAAUUUCCUGAAAAACCAGAGAAGAAGGAUGAAAACAAGCAGCUUCCAACAUCUGUGCCAAAGAAGCAGACUAAGCCCAAGCUGUCAGCGGGGAAGGACAGGAGCGUGGACUCUGCCGUGGACAAACAGCGGCAAGAAGCCAGGAAACGUUUAAUGGCGGCAAAGCGCGCGGCAUCAGUACGGCAGAACUCCGCCACAGAAAGCGCCGACAGCAUCGAAAUCUACGUCCCCGAGGCCCAAACCCGCCUCUGAGAGUGAACCAGCACAGAUCAUCGAGGGGAGGAAACAAAAAAAAAAAACCCUGACUCACUUCAGACAUUCAUUGACACACAAACACACAGACAGAUCUGAGACGAACACACAGAUGUACAACGGAUGCACAGAGGCCGAUUCCCUCACAGCGGCACAGCUGAUGACAGGAGACACAUGGGGGGUCACAGGGCACCAGAAUAAUGCAGAUCAUCACCCUGCUGCCAUGGGACAGAAAUAACCUUGACACAUGUUUAAUACUAUUGUUAUUAUUGUUAUUAUAAUAAUUAUUAUCUCCUAAAGUAUAUCAGGACUGUCUUAAAUGUGCAAGUAUCUUGGAUAAGGACAUCCUGUACCUUGUGAGCUGAAGAAUCUUGGUAUCCCAGAAGUUUACUCUCUUUAAAAACAAAAAAAAACUCCCUUCACUGCUGAGUCUACCGGCAAGUUGUGGCUGCCUGGUUUACGAGCUGAGCUACCAUCCACACACACUCAGGACACACACGCAGGUGUACUCACUGUCCACAGAGUCUUCCUGUUCUCUAUUUGUAUUAGGCUGCCACUCGUCGGGUGUGGUGUGUACGAAUAAUAAGAUGGUGUUAAUGUACUCAGAGGUUUAAAAAGCGCAGAGAACCAGAGGAAGGCAGUAGCAUAUAUAUUAUAAAUAUCACACUAUUACAAUGUUCAUUUUGUAAAUGUUGUAUACCAGAUUAUUUGUUAGAAAGAGGUCAGUGUUCAGUACCAAGGUAGUUUUUUAUAGAUCGAGUACAUGUACUGUCAUGAUAUAUUAGCACUUGAUGCAAUCAUUCACUCCACCUCUCUCUCUCUCUUCCUCUCCUUUUCACAAACGCACACUACACAGUCUGUGUCUGUGAAUACCCAUUAUUAAAGUCUUACUUUUGUUUUUUUUUUGGUUUCGUGAAGGGAUGUGAGGAAUGACUGCCCUGCCAGUGAGCUACAGAGGAAUGUAUGAAAUUGUAUGCAUUUACAGCUCAUGUAGACUUGAUCACUGCACUUUCCAUUCACCUCGGAUCAAGUUUGCUCACCUUCGUUUGCCUGAUCAUUCAGACUUUUCACUGCAUCCUCACGCGAUGUAGGGGACCAAGACUUUCACCACUUGAUAUGGCAUUCCCAUUCAACCUGACUGUGUGUGAUAGGGUGGGGGUUUACUUGCCACUGGAAAGGAAAUGGAAUACCAGAGCAAUAAUAAAAUCAUAUUAGUGCGAGCAAUGCAGUAGGUACCCAGUCUUAAAUUAUUAAAUUCAACAUUUCCAAUAAGACUUUCUUAGCAUGAAGGAUGAAUGUUUAUUUCUUUUUAUGAACUGACUGCCCUUGAAAUGACUCAAAUCUCAGGUUGAACACACUCAACAGUAAAAACCACUAUGGAUGGCUUAUUUAUUAUAUAACCACAAAUUAACUGGCCGAGAGCGUCAGAGCUGUUGACAAAUAUUUCAAAUCCAGACCUGCUCAGUGUUUUUCAGUGAGAGAAAUCAGGUUUGGUGCAGUGAAGUUCAGGCUUAAUUUGACUGCUUCAAUCGGCAGUCUCCUUCGCUGCCCUUUCUAGCAGCUUGAACUCCCACCCCUGUUUGUUGAGAAUGAACUGUGGUACAUUUUUUAAUUAAAAUUUUAAUGUCAUUUGACACGUUUUGUGACUUUCAUCUGAAAUGAGGUCGACCCGAACAUGUCUCGCCUUCCGUACUUGUAAUAAUUAACGGUGCUGCGAGGGACUUCAUAUUGUGCCAAGACGGCAGUGAACAUCGACAUUUCAGUGUCAUUUGAUAAAGCUUUUAUUUAAAGUGAUUCUUUUUUUAAUUUUAUUUAAUCUGCUCAUGAAUUCAGCUGUCUGUGUGUGCAUUCUCAGCCAAGUUUGUUUGUGUUUGCAUCAGCUCACUGCAGAUACGCUAUGCCUCGUCUCUGUCUCGACUUGUCAGUAUGGGACUGGAAUAUUUUCCACCUUUCAGUACUUCAAAUGUAAACACAUGUGCCAAAUGGUACAUGAGUGGAACUGGGCAUAGCAGGAACUCACUAGUUUUUAGUUGUUUUGUAUUAGUAAGAGCUGGCUCUCCCCCUACUGGCCAGUCCUUGCGUGGCACUCCAGACAUCUCGUGCUCCAUUUUGAGUCUUUUAGUUCACAUCACACAAGAAAUGACGUUGAACUGGGAAUGCUGACACAACACCAAGUUGUUGAUUUUCUUAUUCUCUUGUUUGUAUUACAUCAACAGUGGACAUGUGCAUUUCAUUGUCCAAAGAAAUCAUUAAACAUCCCUUUGCUACA